AUGGCUUCCCAAGACGAUGUCCCCAGAUCCGAAAUCACCAUCACCACUACCAAUGGCAAUUCUGACAUUCCCCCGAGGAAGAUUGCACUCGUUACCGGGAUCACUGGCCAGGACGGAUCAUACCUGACCGAGUUCCUGCUCGGAAAAGGCUACGAAGUUCACGGCCUGAUCCGACGAUCGUCGAAUUUCAACACUCAGCGAAUCAACCAUAUCUACGUUGAUCCCCACAACGUCAACAAAGCUCGCAUGAAGCUCCAUUACGCAGAUCUCUCUGAUGCCUCCUCGCUUCGUCGUUGGCUCGAUGUCAUCAAGCCAGACGAGGUCUACAACCUUGCUGCUCAGUCUCACGUCGCUGUCUCCUUCGAGAUCCCUGACUAUACUGCUGAUGUCGUCGCUACUGGAGCUCUCCGUCUCCUGGAGGCUGUCAGAUCUCACAUCGUCGACAGUGGCCGCAGCGUCAAGUACUACCAGGCUGGAUCUUCGGAGAUGUUCGGGUCAACUCCUCCUCCGCAGUCUGAGACUACGCCGUUUCAUCCGAGAUCUCCCUAUGCCGCGUCCAAAGUGGCGGCUCACUGGUACACCGUGAACUACAGAGAAGCCUACGGAUUGUAUGCCUGUAAUGGAAUCCUGUUCAACCACGAGUCGCCCCGUCGAGGUGAGAACUUUGUGACCCGGAAGAUAACUCGGGCCUUGGGAAGGAUCAAGGUCGGACUGCAGUCGAAGCUCUUCCUGGGAAACAUACAGGCGUCAAGAGACUGGGGAUUCGCAGGGGACUACGUGGAGGCAAUGUGGCUUAUGCUGCAGCAAGAGAAACCAGAUGAUUACGUGGUUGCAACCGAGGAAUCACACACCGUCGAGGAGUUUCUGGAUGUGUCGUUCGGUUACCUCGGGCUGAACUGGAAAGACUAUGUCGAGAUCGACCAGAGGUACUUCAGGCCAACGGAGGUCGACAACCUGAAAGGAGAUGCGAGCAAGACCAAGGAGAUGUUGGGGUGGAAGCCGAAGGUUGGGUUCGAGCAGCUGGUGAAGAUGAUGGUUGACGAAGACCUUGAGAUGGCCAAGAGGGAGAAAGUGCUCGUCGAUGCUGGUUACAUGGACGCUAAGCAGCAACCUUGA